GUGCACAGGAAGUAUAAAGGGGCAAAUGGACAGGAGGUUGGCCAUUUGAUGUAUUUGUGGUACAGAGGUGCGCAUAACUCUUCAUACAGAAGACAGUGACAGUCAGGGGAGACGUAGCUUGCUACCACUGGAAAAAAUGAAGACUUCUUAUGAGCAAUCAUUGGAUGAAUCCAACACAGAUCUGGAUGGAUCUUCGGCUUACUUCAAUGAAGCAUUUUUUAGCCACACAGGAAGACAUACAAAGAAGAGCCAUGGAUGGAUGACCCUAGCUCUCAUGGUUAUACUGGGCAUCAUAUUUAUCAUUUUGGGUAUCCUCACUGGAAUCCUGUUUGGACAUUACUCAACCAUGAACGAUGAACUGUCAGUUCUGAAAUAUAAUGUUUCAGAUCCAGUUAUUAAAAACGAUGUCUCUGAGCUCUGGAAAUCAGUUUCCAACAUCAUGGGCGAUCUGUCAAAGAUAAAAGAUAGAGUGGACAUCACAGAAGGAACCUGCACAACAUGUCCUGCUGGAUGGAAACUGAUUAAAUCCAACUGUUAUUACUUCUCAACAAAAAGUGAAACAUGGGAAAGGAGCAAAGAUAUGUGUGCAGAGCGUAAUGGGAUCCUCCUCGUAAUUAAAAACAGCUUUGAAAUGUCUUCUCUAUUGCCAUUCAUAAAACAAGGAAGAUACUGGCUAGGGCUGAAACGAAAUCCUGACGAUCUUGACAUGUGGGAAUGGACAGAUGGUUCACCUCUGACAUACAGUAACUGGAAUGAAGGUGAACCGAACAAUGAUCGAAAUAACGAACACUGUGCAGAAAUUAUGGGAGGAGUUCAAUCAUGGAAUGACCUCCCAUGUUCUAACACGGCAACCUACAUAUGUAAAGGUAUCUGGAUUUGUUAAAGAGGGUUCUCCACUUUGGACUCUAAGAAUCUUUCUUGAAAGCGCCUCCUUUUUAAACUAAUCAUAGAGUGACACCCUAGUGAUUAUUUGCUCAUGUUUCCUAGGCUGCAAAGCAGAAGAACUCAUAGAUGGAGCUAUAUUGUUUUUGUGUUAUGUUUUGUGCAAAAAAUUGUGGCUAAAAGUCUGGUGGUACCUGAGAUGCACAUCUUAAAAAAUGUCCACACAAAAUAUUUUUACCUAUGUCUACAUACGCAUUUCUUCAGGAGAUUACCAGCUGAAGAGACCAAACAUUUCCACAGUUUGAGAACAUCUGGGUCAUAGAGUGAACAAAUUACCUGAUUAUGCUCCAUCGUCUAUUGAAAAAAAAAAUGUUCAUCUUGUCCUUUAACAAAAAAAAACCCUCCCCUUUAAGGUGAAAAAUCUUGCCUUACUGAUUGGAGAUAGGGGAUGAGAAAAUGAAGAAAAGUUCCUCUAUCCCGGUUACAUGCUGUGAUCUUUCUUCCUGCUCCUACUUGCAGCCCCAUCCCCUUCUUCCCUACACAGACACAGAAGCAGGAAGGAAAAAUUUUCAUCCUGCACCAUGACUUGGAACGAGUGCUGAAACCCAACUAUUGCAUCUAGCGAACUAAGCUUGUGCACAUACAGUAUAUUCCAACUAUGGCAAGUCAGGACAUAUUACGGUAAAUAAACCCUUGACUGUCAAAGCAGCUUGGUUGUUUUAAAAAACUAGAGAAGGACUCCGUAUCAUACAUACAGCAUGCAUAGCUCUUAGCACAUUUGCAUGUGUGUCUUAUUAUAGAAUGAAGUAUAUAUAUAAGGUCAUUUGCAUGUGGAAUAAAAUAAACUGUAACAUAAAAAUGGGAAUUUUCCUACUUGCAAUAAACCCUGGUGACAAUGUAAAAGCCCAAACAGAA